AUGAAAUGUGGCACCUUUGCGAGGCGCAACCUAACCGAGACUGGCAUACAUGGCUUGCCAUAUUUGACGCGCAAGGACUUGCACUGGGCAGAGCGGCUGUUUUGGUUGGGCAUCGUCAUAGCGGCCACUUACUACUCCAUUUACAUCUGUCUGGAUCAAAUGAAACGUUUUCGCGAGAAUCCCAUUGUAUUCGCUGCAGAAUUGACUUGGGAUAAGAGGAAUUUCCUCUAUGCGGGCAUCACCAUGUGCAGUGACUUUCGCAACGAAGUAGCGGAACGCGAAGUUAUCGAAGAGUGA